AUGUCUGCGCAACUUGAAAGUCAAGCCAGCUUCGAAAGUGGCAUAUCCGGCUUCAUGUACCGGCAAUUUUUAAUCCACAGAAAGCCAGUACCACCUGGUAUGAGCAUGAAAGGGAAGACCGCCAUUGUAACAGGCUCGAACACCGGACUAGGCCUCGAGGCCGCACGGCAACUACUACAAUUAGGAGCUACUACCCUUGUAAUGGCUGUUAGAUCACUGGACAAGGGCAACGAAGCUGCAAAAGAGCUCAGACCCGCUUUCCCUCAAGCCCGGGUAGAGGUCUGGACCUUGGAUAUGGAGGACUACGCUGCUAUUGAGACGUUUGCGGAGAAAUGCAAAGACCUCAAGCGCAUAGACGUGGUGAUUCUUAACGCUGGAUUGCAGAACACUACGUAUAAGAGGUCAGUGAAUACAGGUCAUGAGCAGGUUCUCCAGGUAAACUACCUAUCGACGGCGCUUCUCACGAUCCUCCUUCUUCCUGUCUUAAGGGCGAAGAAGGAAUCAUCAUCAAGGUCACCUGUCAUUACCUUGGUCACCUCGGACACGGCAUACUGGGCAACCUUAAACGCCGAGGAGCCUGUUUUGGCGCAGUUUGACAACGAAGAGAGAUUCUCGCAGUUCGCCGCGUACACGGGCACGAAACUACUGGAACAGAUGUUCCUUAUCAAGCUUGCCGAGCUGGUUAGCGCGGACGACGUGAUCAUCAAUGCAGUUAGCCCGGGAUUAGUCGAUGGCACGGCCUUGGAUCGGGACAGUCCAGCUGGACUUUUGUUCGGGGCGUUCAGGAGAAUUGUGGGUAGGUCCCUCGAGGUUGGCGGCAGUACGUUUCCGUCUAUACUAUACACAGAGGGUGGGCAUACAAUCAUGGAUAGGCUAUGGGAGGAGACGAUAGAGGAGCUUGACUUUGCAGGCGUUUCUAAAAUUUUGCAAGAAAUGCAGACAUAA